UAACCACAUUGUCGCGUCUAUCUAGUGGAUACGUGUAUAACAUCGUUCAGUGGAGGGGGCGUCCAUUACAAAGUCCGCUUCUCACCAAAACGCAUCGAGUUAGAGUGAGGAACCGCUCUGAACAAUAUCUAUAUAGUCGUCCGUGCGUUUUUUUGGAGGCAGUUAAUAAGGCAAAUAAACCAUGCGUGAAGUCAUCAGCAUUCAUGUGGGUCAAGCCGGGGUACAGAUAGGCAAUGCGUGCUGGGAACUCUACUGUCUCGAGCACGGGAUCUCGCCAGAUGGACGCCUUGACUCCGAGAAGUCUGCCGGGAGCAGGGGAGACGACUCGUUCAACACGUUCUUCAGCGAGACCGGAAAUGGAAAGCACGUGCCAAGGUCUCUGUUCGUCGAUCUGGAGCCGUCUGUAGUCGACGAAGUGCGCACGGGCAAGUAUCGCCAGCUGUACCACCCCGAGCAGCUGAUCACCGGCAAGGAGGACGCCGCAAACAACUACGCUAGAGGGCACUUCACCGUCGGCAAGGAGCACAUUGACCUUGUGGCGGACCGGAUGCGCAAGAUGGCGGACAAUUGUUCGGGGCUUCAGGGUUUCCUCUUGUUCCACAGCUUCGGCGGCGGCACUGGUUCCGGUUUCGCGUCGCUGCUGAUGGAGAGGCUCAGCGUUGACUACGGCAAGAAGUGUAAGCUGGAGUUCGCCGUUUAUCCUGCACCACAGGUGGCCACGGCCGUAGUGGAGCCGUACAACGCUGUGCUCACCACCCACACGACACUGGAGCACACGGACUGCGCCUUCAUGGUUGACAACGAGGCACUGUUCGACAUCUGCCGGAAACGCCUGGACGUGGAGCGCCCAUCCUACUCGAACCUGAACCGCCUGAUCGGCCAGAUCGUCAGCUCAAUUACCGCCUCGCUGCGGUUUGACGGCGCCCUAAAUGUCGACCUGACGGAGUUCCAGACCAACUUGGUGCCGUUCCCGCGUAUCCACUUCCCCCUGACUACUUACGCGCCGCUGAUCUCCGCCGAGAAGGCGUACAGCGAGCAGCUGUCCGUGGCCCAGUUGGCCAACGAAUGCUUUGACUCCGCCAACCAGAUGGUCAAGUGCGACCUCCGGAACGGCAAGUUCAUGGCCUGCUGUAUGCUCUACCGCGGCGACGUGGUUCCCAAAGACGUGAACGCCGCUAUCGCUGCCAUUAAGACCAAACGACAGAUCCAGUUUGUGGACUGGUGCCCGACCGGGUUCAAGAUCGGCAUCAACUACCAGCCUCCCACCGUGGUUCCCGGCGGCGACCUGGCCAAGGUGCCACGUGCCGUCUGCAUGCUGAGCAACACGACCGCCAUUGGCGAGGCGUGGGCGCGUCUGGACCACAAGUUCGACCUGAUGUUCGCCAAAAGAGCCUUCGUUCAUUGGUACGUGGGAGAGGGGAUGGAGGAGGGAGAGUUCAACGAAGCGAGAGAAGACCUGGCCGUACUUGAGAAGGACUAUGAGGAGGUUGGAACUGACUCCGUACAGGACACGGGGAAUGAGCAUCAAGAGGAGGAAUACUAGGGCGAUGGGGAGGGGGGGGGGUAUGAGACACGUGUGGGGAUUGUGUGUGCUAAUAUGGAGAAUUCAAGCUGCUUAAUUCAGUCUCGCUCUGGGGAGACGGGGUUUAGGGGACGUGCGUUAAGUGUCGUCCCAGAUUACCUUGUGCAGUCCGCACAGGCUCAUUAGGGUUGACACUUUCCGCUUUUAUGUUUUUUGUAUGUAAAGGAGGUCUUUUUUUUUAUAACAUGGCUUAUAUCAAUACGGUAGGAUACAAGUGGGAUGGGUGGAUAAGCUGAUUGUGAAUCUAGCGCGUGAAGGUACGAAGUCGUUCGGUUAUAAGAGGGUAUACCAGCGUAUGUGGGUAAUUAACUUAAUCGAUCGCUGUAUAUCAGAAUUUUACCAAAAAUACUGAGACCUUUUAGAAACACUUGCCAUAGUAAUUGUUAAGUCCAUUUAAGAAGGUUUCAUGCGAAAUGCCAAACAAACAUUGCAACGUAUCCUGUACAGACGUACACAGUUUAUCGAUUGGUCAUAAAAGGACAAUGGACAAAAAACUAUGCCCCCGUCAUUUGUUGUUUUAGCCAACUAAUAUAAAUACUCUUCAUAAAUAUACUUAUUUUGAUUUCCCACGACUUAACAUAUUGUAACUCAAAUCGUUGAUAAAUAUUUACGAAUUAGUUAGAAAAGCAUUCCUUCAAUACGAUAUACAUGUCUAAUUUAAACUAUUUACAUACAUGUCCAAUGUAUAUUUUACGCUAAUACAUUUUUUAUUUGAAUGUAUUAAACAUGUGCCAAUAAAUAAGUGUCCUUUUCAAA